AGUGGAAAUCCUACUCUAUUAGUAUAGUAUAUAGGUCCUUGAUAACAAUUGUAAUCAGUGCACUUUAUCUUAAUUCAAAAUUACACUUUUCAACAUACAUAUUGUGUAUAAAAUUAAUAAGUUGUGCAUGAAAUUAUUGAGGAAUUUUAUCCAUACGUUGGUCCCAUGUGCGCUAUGUACAGAAACUACUUUCAACGUUUUGCAUCACAUUGGGGUUUUCCUUGUAUUACGGCAUGGAUAAAUUUAGUUUCUGGGUCAGUUUAAAUGCCCGUUGUUUUAAUCAGCUGAGCUUCAGUCUUCCUAUACAAUUCAUGGACAGAGUAAAGGAAAUUGUCAUCAAUAGGAUUGAACCCUAUUGCUCAGGAGAAACUCUCUGGGACUCCAACCUUACAUGGAAUACUGCCACUCCAGAUCUGACGCCAUGUUUCCAGAAAACCCUCUUAUCUUGGACUCCAUGUUUCUUUCUCUUAGCUUUAUCUCCCUUAAGACUCUUUCUCCUACCGAAGCAACACCCAAAACAACCCCAGUCUGGGCUCAGUUCGGCCAAAAAUAUGUUGUGUGCUUUACUUAUUUCACUAUUCUUCCUGGAAUGUCUGGAUACAGUUUACGUGGACACGCUCAGUGAAUCCUGGGGAGAACCCACAUUCUUCUCCUCCAUUCUCAAUGGAAUUACACUGAUGGUUGCUAAUCAUAUUAUGCUGACUGAACGCCAACAAAAGAUACGUUCGUCCGGAUUCCUCCUCAGCUACUGGUUCCUGUUGUCUGUCAGUCUUUUAUUGUCGCUUCAAUCCCACAUCAGAAGGCUCUUCGCGCAGGAAAACUUAAAUGUGGACAACAGGCUAUGUCUUCUGUCACUUCAAUCUCUUCUGUCUGUUGGUCAGAUGGUCCUGACAGGGCUGUUUGCAGACAAAUUUCCUGAUGACGAUGAAAAGUACAAGCAGAAAUGGUGCGUUGAGAGAAGUACGUUUUUGUCGAAACUUACUUUUUCUUGGUUUACGAGUCUAGUACGAGAGGCAUAUCACAGACCUUUGAAGGCUGCCGACAUGUUAGAACUCCAAGCUGAGUUGAAAUCAGAAUCGUCUGUUCCGAUAUUUGAAAACGCAUGGCGUGACGAAGUACAGAAUCUUGGGAACGAACGUAAAGUCAUUAAUAACAAGUCAGGUGAAAAUAUCAGAGAAGCCAGUUUGGUCAAAGUGAUAUUCAAUAUAUACUCAUUUGAGAUCGUCCUUAACUUUCUUCAGCGAAUUCUCCGUCAUGUUCUGCGGUUUGUGAACCCCCUGCUAUUUAAAUAUAUGAUUAAUUUUGCUGAGGAUAGAGAUGAUUUUCUGUGGCAUGGAAUUUUGUUCGCUUGCGUCAAAUUCUCAAUUGAUAUCGUACAAAUGUUAAUGGCUAACUAUGACGACAACAUUUGUCAUAUGAUCGGAAUCAAAAUCAGAACAUCGGUAUGUGGCGCCCUCUACAGAAAGAUGACUAAGCUUUCACACCGAUCCAAACAAGACAGCACCGUGGGGGAGAUGGUGAAUUUGAUGGCUGAUGAUGCCAUGAAGAUCACGCGUGCUCUUUUUCAAUUACACUUCCUAUGGAUUGGGCCACUUCAGGCAUGCGUGGCACUAUACUUCCUGUACCAGGAGUUGGAAUUAGCUGCUCUUGCUGGAUUUAGCCUGUUAUUAAUUUUCAUUCCUGUGAAUAUGUUCAUAGCAAAGAGGCAUCACAAAAUCAAUAAAGAAGGAAAGGAUAUUGAAGACAAAAGAAUGAAGAUUUUGAAUGAAGUAUUCAAUGGAAUUAAGGUAUUGAAAUUGUACGCAUGGGAACCUUCCUUUGAAGACAAAAUUGGUUCUAUUCGAUCCCAAGAACUACAUGGAAAAAUGAAGAGGAAAUAUUUCAAUAUAUUUUCUUUUUUUAUUUGGGGCAUGUCGGAAUUUCUGAUAACGUUCGUAAUUUUUGCAGUGUACCUUUGGUUUGAUGAAAGUAACUCCAUGACAACGAAGACAAUAUUCUAUACAAUAUCUCUGCUUGGAAUUCUGCGAGGGCCAAUUCUACAUAUGCCACACGUUAUUACAUCUCUUGUUGAGACAUCGGUAGCUUUGAAGAGAAUUCAGAAAUUUCUGAAUAAAGAAGAAAUAGAUGAAACAGCUAUUCAACAUAAUGAAAAUGCAGAAAAGGCGAUUGAAAUAAAGAAAGCAUCAUUUGCUUGGAAUAAAUACAAGAAUCCUGUCUUGAAGAAUAUCGAUAUUAACGUUCCUGAUGGAGAAUUGGUAGCUGUAGUAGGAGCUGUGGGUGCCGGGAAAUCUUCACUGUUGGCAGCAGCUGUUGGAGAAAUGGAGAAACUAUCUGGGGAUGUCUGUGUGAGGGGAUCUAUAGCCUAUGUUACACAACAAGCAUGGAUUCAAAACAACUCUUUGAAGGAAAAUGUUUUGUUCGGAAAGGCAAUGAGUGACGAAAAUUAUGCUACAGUGUUAGACACAUGUGCUCUACGGGCCGAUCUUGAUAUACUUCCUGGAGGAGACGAAACUGAAAUCGGAGAAAAGGGGAUCAACCUUAGCGGAGGACAAAAACAGAGAGUCAGUUUAGCACGUGCAGUUUACCAGAAUGCAGAUAUUUAUCUACUGGAUGACCCACUGAGCGCUGUGGAUGCUCAUGUCGGAAAACAUAUUUUUGAAAACGUGAUUGGCAAACGGGGACUUCUUCGAAAUAAAACACGCAUCCUUGUAACUCACGCCAUAAGUUUCCUUCCGAGUGUGGACAAGAUCAUCAGCCUGGUUAACGGAGAAAUAUCGGAAGUUGGGACUUAUACUGAGUUAAUGGAAAACAAUGGUGCUUUUGCAGAAUUUAUACGAAACAAUUUGCUAGAGGAGUCCAGCUCAGACGAUGAAACGAUUGAGGAAAACCCCAAAGCUCUUGGACGACAACUUUCAACAUUGUAUCACUCAAAGUUGGAAGAAAAUGCAAAAGCCGAAAAUAAAUGCACAGACACAAAAUUUAUUGAAGAAGAGGCUAUAGAACCUGGUCAGGUCAAAUGGUCUGUGUACACCACUUAUCUAAAGGCCGCUGGACCGAUUCUUUUGCUUUUGUUGUUUUCCUGUCUUGCCGAAACCAUCAUUUCGCAUUACAACCAAUACUGGCUCAGCGAAUGGAACAACAGUAACACAGAUAGCUGUUCUUCACGAAAUGUAUCGAAAAGUUUACAACAUUCAAGUGAAAAAUACAAGCUGACAUUAUAUGGUUCCAUGGGUCUCAUGAGAACUAUCUUCGAUGUACUCUCGCAAUUUUUAACAGCUUAUAUUGCCAUUACAUCAGCACGAAAACUUCAUCAAAAUGCUUUGUCCAGUGUGAUGAGAGCACCAUUAAACUUCUUUGAUACGACUCCCAUUGGCAGGAUAAUCAAUCGUUUUUCAAAAGACAUGGGAACGUUAGAUGGGCCACUUCCCUGGAUAACACAAUCAUUCAUGCAAUGUUUUCCUAAUCUAAUAUUCACAGUUGGCAUCAUUGCUCUGGGAACGCCGAACAUUUUAUUUUUUGUGAUACCAUUGUGCUUCGUUUAUUUCUUCGUACAGAGACUCUUCAGUGCCAUGGCGACUCAGACUAGACGGAUAUGCAGCGCUUUAAGAUCGCCUCAAUAUUCACACUUCAGUGAGUCCAUAAACGGUGUCAGCACAAUUCGUGCCUUCAACAAAACCUCAGAGUUCGCCAUGGAAUCUGAUCGUCGACGAGAUGCUUAUAACAAAGCCGAAGUUACAAACACGAUUGCUUACAGAUGGCUGGGCAUUCGGUUAGAGUUUUUGGGAAAUAUUCUGGUGUUUACGGCAUGUAUCAUGGCUUCAUGUCGCAGAGAUGUAUUGUCGAGUGGAAUUAUUGCUCUUGUUAUGACUUACGCUGAUGAUGUAACAGGGAUACUCCAUUGGAUUGUUCACGUUUUCACUGAACUGGAUACAAGCAUCGUAUCAGUGGAGCGGAUCCAGGAGUAUAUUGACAGAAAGCCCGAGGCAGAGUGGGAGAUCAAAGAAAACAAACCUGCUACAGAGUGGCCUCAGAGAGGCCACGUAAAAUUUUUCAAUUUUAGUCUGAGAUAUCGCGAAGGACAGGACCUUGUUUUGAAAGGAAUUGACUGCGAAAUAUUUCCAGGAGAGAAGAUAGGAAUAGUUGGGCGAACUGGAGCAGGAAAAUCCUCAUUGACCCUUGGCUUAUUCCGAAUUCUUGAGAAAGCUGAAGGCAAUAUAAUUAUUGAUGAGGUCGACAUAUCUACCAUUGGACUACACGAUCUUCGUUCAAAACUCACAGUCAUUCCUCAGGAUCCCAUUUUAUUCUCCGGCACAAUACGAAUGAAUCUUGAUCCAUUUGGCUGCUACACUGAUAAGGAAGUGUGGAAAGUUUUGGAACAUUCCCAUCUCAAGAAAUAUGUAGAGUCUUUAGAAGAUGGUCUUCAACAUGAAUGUACAGAAGGUGGUGACAAUAUAAGUGUUGGACAAAGGCAGUUGGUAUGUCUUGCGCGAGCACUGUUAAGGAAGACUAAGGUCUUGGUCUUGGACGAAGCUACAGCGGCCGUAGAUUUGGAGACAGACAAACUGAUACAGAACACGAUCAGACGCGAGUUCUCAGACUGCACCAUUUUAACAAUAGCACACAGACUGAACACCAUCAUGGACUACUCCAGGAUCAUGGUAUUGGAGAAAGGUAUUAUAAAAGCAUUUGCCAGUCCUGAAGAGUUGCUGAAAGACAAUGAAAGUGCAUUUUACAAGAUGGCCAAGGAUGCUAACUUAGUGUAGACAACAGAGAUAAGUGAAUGUUAUCGACCCUGUCAUAUAUGAAAGAGAGUCAUAAACAGUUCGAUGGCUUUGGAACCAUAGUGCAACAUUACUAAUGUGUUUUAUUCCAUUCCAAAUAACCCCAAUGGUGCUCAUAUUUACUUGAUUAAAAGAAGGUGGACUUACACAGCUUGUGUAUACUAUUUAACAUACUGCAGCAAAAUA